AUGAAAAUUUUUUGCUGGAACUGUCAUGGGAUUGGAAACCCUGCGACAGUUCGUGAGUUAAAGCAACUCCUUGUUGCUAAUGAUCCGGAUAUUGUUUUUCUAUGUGAGACAAAAAUUCAUUCUAAUGCGGUUUCUCGUGUUCGCUCGAUAUGCAGGAUGGAGGGGUGCCUUGCUGUUAGCUCGGAUGGGAAGAGUGGCGGUUUGGCCUUGAUGUGGAGGGAAGGUGUUAGGGUCAUGGUGCAGAAUUACUCCAAAUAUCAUAUUGAUGCCUCUGUUAGCAUGGAGGAUGGUGAGACUCUCAGGUUCACGGGUUUCUAUGGUCAAGCUGAUCCGCGCUCCAGACAAAAUGCUUGGGAUAUGUUGAGAAGGGAAGGUGGCCGUAGAAAGCCGAAAACCCUCAUGGAUGAGUUCGCUAACUUCCUUGAUGAGCUGAACCUGUCUGAUGUUAAAACCUGUAAUGGGUGGUACACGUGGACUAAUAACAGAGAUGGUAAUGGCUUGGUUAAGGAAAGGUUGGACAGAUUCAUCAUUUCUGAUGCUGUUAUGGAAAGUCUGCCGUUCCUUAUUACUUAUAUUGUGAGACAAUCUAAAUCUGACCAUGAGGCGAUCCUUUUGGAUACGGAAGGGAACAAGCCUAAGAAUAAGAAUAUCGACCAGAGGGUGAGGUUCCGGUACGACCAUUGUUGGUCUAAGGAGAAGGGUGCUAGAGACAUUAUUAAUGGGAUUUGGUCGAACAGGGAGAGGGACUCGUUGGAGAAGAUGGAGUCUGUUAGGGUUAAACUGGGCCCGUGGCAAAACCAUCGUUAUCGUAAUAUGAAGACUAGGAUUAAAGAGUUGGAGAAGGAGAUUAGCAGAUUAAUGGACGGGCUCUCUUGUGAUCAGUCGACAAGCCUGCUGAAGGAUGCUAGAAGGAGGCUGGGCCAUCUUUAUGAUGUGGAGGAAAGGUAUUGGGCUACUAGGGCGCGUUCCCAGUGGCUUAAAGACGGGGACAGAAACACCCGUUAUUUCCAUGUUUGGGCUUCGGGCCGCCGAAAGAAAAAUUACAUUGAGAGGCUGAAAGAUACGUAUGAAAUUUGGCAUGAGGACAAGAAGGAGAUUUGCGAUAUUGCUUGGAAAUAUUUUAAUGAGCUUUUCAAGACGUCGAUAAACAUGGAUGACGAGUGUAAUCUUCAGGCUGUGCCCGAGUGUAUUAAUGACGAGAUUAAUAGAAAGUUGAACGGGGAGUUCACUAAUGAGGAGAUCCUGAGAGCCUUCAACCAGAUGGACCCUCGCAAGGCUCCUGGCAUUGAUGGUUUAUCGGGGAGUUUUUUCAAGGACCACUGGUCGAGUGUGGGGGCUGAUGUUCUUCUCUUAUGCCAUGAUAUCCUACAGGGCAGUAGGAGUGCUGCGUGUGUUAAUGAGACGCUUAUUGUGUUGAUCCCAAAGAUUAAGAAUCCUUGCGAGAUGGUGAACUUUCGCCCUAUAAGCCUUUGUAGGGUGGUUUACAAGAUCGUGGCUAAAACCCUUGCUAAUCGGCUUAAGGAGGUUCUUCACUUGUGUAUUAGUCACAACCAAAGCGCCUUUGUGCCUAACAGAAUGAUCCAUGACAAUGUCUUAGUUGCUCACGAGCUCAUGCACUAUCUUCGUAGCUCCAAAAAUGGUCCGAAUAAGGGUUGUGUGAUUAAGCUUGAUAUGAGCAAGGCUUACGACCGGGUCGAGUGGAGUUUCCUGGAAAAAGUUUUGUUAAAAAUGGGCUUUUCUAAUGCUUGGGUUGUUAAAAUUAUGGAUUGUGUUUGCUCUGUUCGGUAUAGAGUUAAAUGUAAUGAUACUCUGUCCGAUGUUAUUUCUCCGGAGAGGGGGCUACGUCAGGGGGAUCCGUUAUCCCCCUAUUUGUUCUUGUUCUGCAUGGAAGCCCUCUCUCGUAUGCUUAUUGAAUCUCAAGGUCUUAAUAAACUGAAAGGCAUCAGGGCUUGUAAGGAUGGCUCGAGAAUUAAUCAUCUCUUUUUUGCUGAUGACGCUCUUUUGUUUGUUAGGAAUAAGAAAAGCGAGGUGGAGGAGUUCACAAAGAUUCUGGAGGCGUUCGAGAGGAUGUCUGGUCAACGGGUCAACUUGGACAAAUCUAUGGUUUAUUUUAGUCUGAAAACAAAUGCCGCUAGCCGUGCUAUGAUUAGGGGGCUCAAGAUGAAGGUUGUGACUCACUUCGAUGGUUACCUUGGAUUGCCUCUCCCGAUGGGAAAUAGGAAGUCUGUGGCCUUUAAAAGCAUUCUUGACCGGAUAGCCAAUAGGACCAUCAGCUGGUCUAAGAGACUUCUUUCAAAUGGUGGCAAAGAGAUCUUCAUUAAGUCGAUUCUACAGUCGAUUCCUACGUAUGCCUUCUCGGUCUUUAUGGUCCCCAAGGGUAUCUUGGAGGAGAUCCAAGCUUUGGCAUGGGGGCUCGGUUUUAGGGACCUUCACCGUUUUAAUGUGGCGUUAUUAGGCAGACAAGUGUGGCGUCUCAUGAGCUGCAGGGAUACGCUUUGUUUUGAAGUUCUCAGCGCUAAAUACUUCCCAGAGGGUGAUGUGCUGCAUCCCAAAAAUAUUGAUAAGCCUUCCUUUACGUGGAAGAGCAUUGUGAAGGCGGCCAGCGAGUUGUAUGAUGGCUUUGGCUGGAAUGUGGGGAACGGGAAUAAGAUUGAUUUGUGGAAAGAGAACUGGGGUUUUGAGGGCUUAUCGGGUGACUCUAUUGGCCUUCCGAGAAGGGAGAUCCAGGAGAAUAGAGUUUGCGAGCUGUUGAAUGAGGAGAAAGAUGGUUGGAAUGAGAGGAGGGUGAGGGAGAUUUAUGGUGAUUCAGUGGGGGACCAAGUUUGUAAUAUUCCUAUUAUCCCUGAUGGUCCGAACGAUUCUCGUAUUUGGUUUCAUAGCCCGUUUGGUAAUUAUUCCACUAAAUCUGCUUAUUCGUGGUUGACUCUCAGGCAUGUGGGGCUGGGGCCUCACCGGUUCUUCGGGAAGAUGGUGUGGAAGUUGCAAACGUUGCUUAAGAUCAGAAUUUUCUGUUGGCGUAUUGGGCAUGAUAUUCUCCCCAUUUAUGAAAAAAUUUCAACUAUCAGAAGGGAUUUCAACAGUGACUGCCCGAGGUGUGGUAGAGACAAAGAGACCCUUAUCCACGCGUUGAAAGAUUGCCCUAAGGCUCGGGCAGUGCUGGUGCAUAGGGGUUUGAAUAGUAAUUGCUGGAUGGUAACCACUGCCGGGGUGUGGACUGGAUCAAAGAGGAAUAACAAAGUGUUUCGGAAUUUGGAGGAGGAGGCCAAAGUAACGUGGGAGAGAGCUACUGCGUUGAGCCAUGACUUUCGCAUUUUUAACUUGCUGAAGGAGCCGGCUCUGCCAAAGCCUGCUGUAAAGGAGGGAUGGCGUAAGCCGAACCAAGGGAGGCUGAAGAUUAACUUUGAUGCAGCGGUAAAAGAUCGGAAGACCAGCUUUGGAAUUAUUGCUCGUGACCACGAGGGUUUUAUCUUGGGGGGUCGUGCUGGGGUGUUAAACAGAAGCUACAGUGCAGAAUGGGCGGAAUUUUACGCGCUGGAGGAGAGCGUUAAUUUGGCUAAGGAAAAUUUGUGGGCCCGGGUGGAUUUUGAAUCUGAUUGCGCUAGCCUAGUUAAUCGCCUCAGAAGACCGAAUGUUGACUUGUCAACUUUGGGCUACUGCAUUCGGGAUUUGCUUAGUAAUUUGAAUCCGAGCUUUAGUUUUGUUUUCAAGUGGGCCCCCCGCUGCUGUAAUAAAGCUGCUGAUCAGCUUUGUUGUUUGGCUUUCACUAAUAAUUGUACUGAAACUUUUGAUUUGGAUUACCCGAGGGAAAUCCACAAUAUUGUAUUAAGUGAUGCUAUUAAUUGA